AUGUUCUGUGAUGAAAGUAUGAAAAUUAGAUUAUUAUCCAAAACAACUUAUGGUCAUUAUACUUCUCCUGUUAUACAAAAUCAGUUGAUACAUGUAAUUGCCUCUUGUACCAAAGAAAUCAUUUUAAAAAAUAUUUCAACAUUUGGUGCAUUUGCUGUAUUAGUUGAUGAAACCAAAGACUCUAGCAAGAAAGAACAGUUAAGUUUUAUAAUAAGAUUUACAGAUAAAUAUUUGAAUAUUCAUGAAAAAACACUGGGUUGUUAUCAUAUGACCAAGUGUGAUGCAAAAUCAUUAAGUGAUGCUAUUAUUCAGAUGGUUGGAGAAAAUAAACUAGAUAUAAAUAACUGUGUAGCACAAUGUUAUGACGGUGCAUCUGUCAUGAGCGGUCCGUUUUCUGGGGUUCAAAAACGAAUAACUGAAUUAGUACCACAUGCUGUUUAUAUUCAUUGCUAA